AUGCCAUUAUACGAGCUAUUCUGUAUCGCGGUACAUAACCCAGCUUCAUCGGUCAAUCUUCGAUCAGUGAUUAACUCACUGUCGAAUCAAAUACAUACUACAGGUGGAGUAGUUCGGGAUAUGAAGAAUCUAGGUAUCAAUUUGACUUUACCUCAGAGGAUGAGAAGGAUGAGACAAUAUCAUGAGCGAGGGGACCACUUCACAAUGACAUUUGAUACUUCACCUAUCGUAUUGAAACGAUUAGAUGAAACGCUGAGAAGAGAUCCGUCAAUUAUACGAUGGACAUUAUUGAAGAAAGCUUCCAAGGUGAAAGACCUCAGUAAACCUUUGAACCCAUCUAUUGAAUUUGAUGAGAUUGAAGCUCCAAGAAAUCUGUAG